AUGCACUUCGAAGAGUCAUGCUUCAACAGAACUCUCGAUGUGACAAGGUUACAUGACAAUGUAGUGCCCUCAUCUUCUCUUAUAAUUUCCAAUAAAACAAGCGGAGCUGUUUUGCGUGAAAAACAAAAUAAACCAGAGUCAACCUGUUCAAUGGAGUUGAAGUUGCCUGAUGAUAAUUUAAUCGAAAAUGUACCUGUAAAGAUUCAGCAACCAAGUGAAAAAGUAAAGAUUCUUACAAAGAAAUAUGAUUUGCUAAAGCGAAAAGUGAGAAGUUUAAAUGAAAAAAAAAAGGAGACGGGAUGGAAAGAUUGCUCUCUUUUCUAA